GUAGCUCGUCCCGCCACUCGACUGCCGUAGCUUUGGUUGACUCCAAAAGGAGUAGUGCAGGGAUUAAUUAUAUGUGGUUUGUAGUAUAAGGUGUGUUAAGACUGUUACUACUGUGAAUGGAGUUGAUCCUUUCACCAGUUGGUCCUUCGGUAUCGUCGUCAAUAGAAAAGAGAUAAUAAUAAUAGAUAUAAUUAGUGAAGGUAUUCAGACUAACAGACAGAAAAAGAAUAAGAAAACGUAACAACAGUCAGUCAACCGGUAUAUAUAUAUAUACCAGUAAUAAUGAUAAUGAUAAUAAUAAUAAUAGGUGUAGUUAAAGCUGUCAGGAGAGUAAAACUGAGGAGAAUGUAAAGAAGUAAAACGACCAGUUUAAUUGUCUACCUUUGAAUGGUGUAUGCCAUUUUAAGGGGAUAGGCCAUUUGGAUGAAGUCCUUGUGUCGCUGCAUGGUUGUCCAGCCUUCGCUUAAAGGCGUCCACAGAUGGUGCCAUAGCUACAUCUGCCGGUAAGGAAUUCCAGGGACGGCAAACCCGCAGGGAAAAGAAGUGGGAGCGCACCCGGGUCCUUGCCCUCUGAUGAGCUAUCCUUCUAGGAUUUUCACGAGGGUGCCUAUACCUACUCAAUGGCAGAACACCUUUGUUUGGGUGAUUCUGAUCAUUUGUUAUUUUGUAGGCAGUAAUUAAAUCCCCCCUAAGACGACGGUAACUAAUUGUGAAUAGGCCUAAUUUCUUCAGCCUUUCAUCAUAUGGUUUAUUUCGGAGACCAACCACCCCUUUUGUUGCCCGUCGUUGGGCUCUUUCCAAGAGGUUGGCGUAUCUUUUAAGCAGUGGGGGUGCAAUGAUAUUAUGCACUUCAAGAUGCGGUCUGACGUAUGUUUUAUACAACCUUAGAAAGAGCUCAGGAGUGAGUGCACCUAAUUGCCUAUGUGCAAAGUGUAUGACCGCAUAUGCCCUCGCUACAUCCCCCGUGUAAUUCACGCUUGUGUCCAUUUUCUCCGUUAGAACUAGACCUAAGUCGCGUUCCGACGUUGUGCAGGACAAGCUUUCAUCGCACAGGGUGUAACUUGCAUCCUGCAGUCUACAGGUGCGUAACUCCACUACCUUGCACUUUUCAGGUUGAAAGUCAUGCAACUGGCCACCGCCCAGUCUUCCAGAAGGUAUAGACCUUCCUGUAGCCAAUCUGAGUCCUCCUGGCACUUUAUCGCCCUCCAUAUCUUCAAGUCGUAAGCGUAUAGAAGAGCCGGGUAACUUAGACGGCACGGUAGAUCAUUGAUGAAAAUCAAAAAUAUCAGUGGUCCUAGGAUAGAACACUGCGACACUCCUGAUGACGAGCUGUGCCAAGAUGAUCGGGCUCGACUGACCUUAGUGCAAAAUUGCCUUUCAGUUAGGUAGUCCUUUAACCAUGACAAAGGUGGCUUACCUAAACCUACCUGGCUUAUUUUGUGUAGGAGGUCAUGGUGAACAGUGUCAAAUGCCUUCUCAAAGUCUAGAAAGAUCACAUGGACUAGAACAUUCAUAUCCCAGAAUGAUGUCCAGUCAUCCCAAGCUGAUAAUAAGUUAGUGACGCAGGAUCUCCCUUUCCUGAAACUGUGUUGGGCUUCAUGGAGUAUUUUAGACAUAUCCAGAUAUUCCCUGAUGUGAUCAUCAAUAAUACUUUCCAGUACUUUCGAUACCACUGGGAGUAGAGCUACUGGUCUAUAAGUGGUGGGAUUUUACCUGUCGUUCCACUCCAGCCCCAAUCUUAGUUGCAAUCUUCUCCAUAGCCUUACACGUAACCCUACCCUAAUCCUACCGUAACCCUAAAUCAGGCUGAAACUUGCAACGAAGAUUAUUGUUCAGGGAUCUGUGUGGUUAAAUGUCAUUUGACUAUAAUAUCUGUUCUUUACCCUUGCCACCCACUGAAUCGCCGUUGGGGAGAAUUCAUUAAGCAUGUUUCAACUAUUGAUUUUUAUUUAUUUAUUUUAUUGCAGCUUGAUUCCACACAGUAUUUUGGUACAAGUAUGAAAUUUUCAGCAUGUGAUAUCGGUAGCCCAAAUUUAGCAGGCCGACCAUAGAUAUCAGGUGUGCGUAAUGCCACAAUUAAAAUGUCAUUCUCAAUUGCGAAGAGCAAUUUCAUCACAGGCUAAUUGGAAUAUCACAAGUUUUAACAUUGCAGUAGAAGUCUAAGAAAUCUGCCCCUAAUCACAUACUGUCAUGCAUUUCGAUCACCUCAUAUUACUAGUCACUGACUGAAUUCAUACUCAGUUGUUACAUCUAACCACACAAAUGACAUGAUAUGUAGAAUACAAACUUUGAAGUUUGGCCCACAAUAUAAAUCAUUCAUUCACUAAAUUUCGCAUCUUAUGAACUCAAAAUCUCACAAGAAAGCAUCGCGGUAACAAACUACCAAAUUUUCACGUCAGUCAAUUUUCGUUCUCCUACAGUGAGCUUGUACUUAGUAUAUUUAUUGUUAGUUCUGAUUCUGAUUACCUUGUAUUUCUGUAUCAUAUUUUGAUAAUUUUCAGAGAUAAAGACAUGUUCGUCUAAGCUGAAUUGGCCAUUCGAUGGUAUACGCUUGUGAAGACGCCACUACCUAGUUAAUUUCUCCAUCGAAGACAACAGAUUUCUCUGCAUAAUUUGUGUGGUGCAGGUGUUCGUGCGUUACAAUCAUUCAUUCACUUUGCUUUGCACUCCAUUCAAAUGCAUUACCGAAGUUUUAUUCUUCUGGCUCUACACGGUAAUAUUAUCACUUAUAGUUGAUCAGCAACCAACACCCUAACAAUGUGCAUUGGACUUUGUACUGUGUACACAUAGAACGUAGGGCUGGCUAUCUAAGAUCGUCGAAUAAUUCACACUAUACUUUCUGAACAACUUUGCUACUCUUAAUUGACUAUGAAUAUACCGAGUCCUAUUUUGGAGCACGUCUUUAUAUACUUGGAUUGGAAUGAACGUUCGCGAGCUGCUCGUGUGUGCAGGAAGUGGUAUUCUGUGUUCCGUUCUCCGAGUUUGUGGAGAAGAAUUGUGUUUAAGCCACCAUGUCGGCGGUUGACUAAACUUCAAUAUGAUAUUAGGGGAUAUCGUUUGUCAUGUUGUUUAAAGGCAAUUGGAUGUCAUAUUCGCAGCUAUAAGUUUCUGAAAAGUGAUGAUUUGUUUCUGCUCAACCGAACAUUGAAUCUCGUUGCGAAAUUUCUUGAAUACAAUGCCAAGUUACACAAGCGGAAUGAUGAACUUGAUAAAACAUGUUUUGAUUCAGAUGAUAAUGAGUAUUACGAAUCCUCCGUGGCAGCAAGUGAUUUUUCACUUAGUAGAAAGUCAAGCCACAAUGCUGCUUACGAAACAGUGUAUGGACCUGCUGGUUUUAUCAUUGAGGGCGAUCCUGAUGCUGAAGCUACCCUCCGGCUUAUAUUUGAACUACAAGAGCAUGAAGCUCAGCAAGAUACAUCUGAUUUUUCUCCUUCUGACGAUGAUGGAUCUGAACUGUUCGAUGAUUUUGAACAGUUCAGCUUAAACAGAAUGUCAUCAAUUAGCUAUCCUCCAUCUCAACGGUAUCACAAUAGUAGCCUACAGCGUAGUCAAAGCGCUCAGUGUCCUUCAACAGUACAGUCUUAUGCAAGGCCUCGCUAUCCACCGGUUGUUCACUCUUUUGAGUUGGAUUUUAAUGCUGAGGUUGAUGACUUACGCGGUUUUGUUUAUGGAACUGGAGGUGCAUUGUUGACAACAAUUAGUCGAGUUAUACGUCAGUUGAACAGACUUCGUCGUCUUCGACUGGUGGAUCUUUUUCUUGUUCCAGAUGAUGCUAGGCGGUUAGUUUGUGAGUUGAGUGAUGUUGUUUCACAGUGUUUAACUGAUCUCAACCUUCUUCAUUUCAACAAACCGUCAAGUGGUGCAGUUUCAACAUAUCUCCGUGAUUGUGUACCAAGCUUCCCGAACUUUACUCUAAACGACUGUCAAAAUAUUAGCCAUGCUUUAAACAGUAAUAACUCUGAGCACGUUGAUGAAGACUGGUAUCUUUUAGAUCCUCGUUGGCUUAGUGCUCGACCCCAUCGGAUUGGUGAUAAUCCUUUAUGUGAUUUAGCUAAUCUUUUUCCAAAGAUUACACGUCUUACUCUAAGCCCAAUGCAAUUUACUGGUCCAAUGCUUCUUCGACUUUUAUAUCAAACUCCAUUAAAGGAGCUAAUUUUAAUUCAAACUGAUUUAACAGUAUUCUGCGUACCUCGUACUGGAAACCUAACCCAUGUCCAACGAACAAUAUCAUAUGAUUCUGAUGAUUUAGGUGUAGGUUUCAAUGAGGAUCAUAAUUUCGAUCCUAAUGACUCUAUUAUGUCAGAAUUAAUUGAUUGGACAGAAGAUAUUCCACACCUUCGAAGAUAUGGUACUAGUCAAGAAACUUAUAAAUGGAAAGUUAUACUCCCAAACAUGUGGCGUGCAGCACUUUUCCUUCGGCCACACUUUACAGUUCAUUUAAAGUUAAAUCUAGUUGAAGAUUUAACUUGUUUGCGUUGGAAAAAUUCUUUAUCAGAGGAUAAGUUAAAUUCAAUACACAAUGUACUUUCAUUCUGGCCUCUUCCUCCGGCACCAGUUACCUCAAUCACAUUAAUUCUAAACGGAGAACCUACAUUCAUCGUGGAUUUAAUUAGUCCACGUAAUCCGAUCAGUCCUGUUUCCUAUUCACAAUCACUCACAUCGUUGAUAAUAGUGUUAGAGCAUAUUCCUUCUGAAUUGAAUCCACCUACUUCGGGAAAACAGUCUAGUGAAGUUUGUGAUGAUAAUUGUUCAUAUGGAUUAGAUCAUUUAUUACAAGAUUUAAUCAAGGCUUGUAAACAUUUAACCUUACUGGCUCUUGGUGGCUCUAGCGCAUAUGUACAUAUUUUAACUUUACUUGUAAUAUGUCAUCAAAGAAAUCAACCUAAUUGUACAGGCGAUGAAUACAAGUAUAAUCCAUUACAAUUGCUUGUUCAAAGGGAAUGCUGCCGAUUGGAUGGCGUUUGUCCGUUGAAUGUUCCAGCUACCAUCUCUGCCUGGUAUAGUACAAUGAUGUCGGAAUCAGUCUCGUCUAGAUUAAGAGUAGCAGAGUGUUGCCUGUGUACCGUACUGGGUCAACAUCGAUGGCAUUUCUUAACAAAUUCAGAAUUUAAUAACCAAUUGAGUAAUUACCUUUUCUGAGUUAUUUAUUUAUUUAUUCACUUAUAUAUUAAAGAGAUAAUUUCGUCUUAGAUGUGAGUGCCUUAUCUAGUCACCUUGUUAUUAUUAAUAUUCCUAGUAUGUACCUUUCGACUUCAGAUAUUAGCUCAUUCAUCCCCUAAGAGUUUUGCUUGCUUAGAGUCUUUGAAAAAUUUUGUUUAUUGCUCAUGUAUUAACGAACAAUAAGAAUGUUUUUACACCUGUACCUUUCGAAUUUUUCUCCCUCCUAUUUCGACUAAUAACAAGCACAUGAUUGCAUUUAACUAGACUUUAUCUAAUGAAAUUGUGCCUUUUGUAGGUUAUUUCCAUUUUGUCCAAUGACUUCAAUUUAUUUAUGACUGAAUAAAACUUCUUAUUAUGUUUUCUUUUGAAAUCACUAGCAUUUGUAUGUACAACAAAGAAUAAAAGGC